AUGUUCAGGGGAAGGGCAAUGCCCUGGCGGGGGAGUAGCAGUGCAGGGGACCACAAAGGUGGUUUUGGGAAGAGGUGGCGGACUUACCAGCUGGCUCCAGCUAGAGCAACUGCUGCCCCUUUUAGGGCUCCACCUAUUAGGCAGGCAGCACCACUGAAGUGUUUCAACUGUGGUGAGCCAGGCCAGUUCUCUUCGGCAUGCACGAAGCCCAGGAGGCAGGGAUGCUUCACUUGUGGGCAGGCAGGCCAUUUUGCUAGGGAUUGCACCCGACCUCAGGCUGGAGGGCAGGGUGUUCAGCAGAGACCAUUACUUCCAGCACCAGCUAGAGUUUAUGCCAUUGGUCAGCGUGGUGCAGGAGUGGAAGGUAGCAUUCUUGUUUUUGAUCUGCUUGCUUCAGUUUUGUUUGAUACGGGGGCAACCCAUUCCUUCAUAUCUAGUUUGGUGGUGAGGGCAUUAGGCUUGACUCCGACACCGCUUACUAGAUCCUUGUGUGUUUCUUCGCCUCUCGGUGUUUCUAUAGAGCUUGGCACUUUGUGUGAAGCAUGCCCUAUAGUGAUUAGUGGUAGAGAGUUCCUUGCUUCUCUCAUUGUGAUUCCAGACCGCUCCUAUGAUGUUAUUUUGGGAGUGGAUUGGCUAAGGUCAAACUAUGCUAUGAUUGACUGCUUUGAUAUGGUGGUGUCUUUCCACAUUCCUGGACAGCCGAGCUUUCGCUAUCGUUGUCAUAGGUCAGACACUGCCAUGUGGGAAGGAGUGUUGGCACACAUUGAGGCUACCGGUAGUACCGUGGGUAUUGCUGAUAUUGCAGUGGUCUCUGAGUUUAGUGAUGUGUUCCAGGAGAUUCCGGGAUUACCUCCUAAGAGGGUAGUGGAGUUUGCUAUUGAUGUGGUACCAGGUACUUCACCGGUAUCAAAGACUCCUUAUCAAAUGGGGAGAACUGAACUUCAGGAGUUGAAG